AAUUGAAUAAUUAAACGAGACUUACCUGUAAGUUGAAGUUUGAUUGAGAUUCUACCGUAGCAUUUGCAGAAAUGAAGAGAUCACAUCCCUCCCUAUUUCCCCCCCUGUAUGCUAACCUUAUCACAACUAGUCAUUAUUCCUAUCAUUCUCUGGUACUGUAUACGUCAAUUCAUUAUUCAUGAAUGGGGUAGUCUACAGGACUCCUCAAAAAAUAUGCUUUCAAGACUGAGCUCGAAGUCACGUGACUUGCUAUCUCAUGUGAUCUCUUCAUUUCUGCAAAUGCUACGGUAGAAUCUCAAUCAAACUUCAACUUACAGGUAAGUCUCGUUUAAUUAUUCAAUUUUCUCGAAUCUCAAAGUAGAAUUCUGUGACCUUUUUAUUGAAGUUGUGACCCGGCUCGUUACUAAGUUACAGCCACUCAUAAUACGCGAGUAGGAAAUGACGUCAAUACUACUAAGUUUUAAGUUGUUUUCAUCGAUUAAUCUGUUCAAAGGAAUUCAACCGAUGCGGGCUUCUUAACUAUUCUAUUCACUAUGGACAGCUGAAGCAUAGACAGAUCUCAUGAAGCAAUCUUUACAACGUAAUAUUCUUUUAUAGCCCUUAACCAAGGGUUUCACACAACUGAUGAAGGAUGAUUCCUUGGUUAAUCUCAGGACAACAAAGCAAUUCGGGACAUUAUCAAGUACUACGAUUAUUGAUAUGCGUUAGAACCUUAACAGAAAUCAAAAACAGGCAACAACCAACUCAGAACAGAAGUAGGAGGAACAAAGACGACACGGAGAGGAAAGAAAUUCGAUGUUAUAUGAACCAGAGUUUCUGACUACUGCAAAGUUUCGUGGGUUCUGUUUUCAACUGACAACAGGGAGUUUUAGCAAAUCACGACGGCGAUGCCAACGAUAACGUCACCAAAAAAUUGUUUAAUGAUUUUAUACACGUGGGCGUUUGGAAUCUUGGUACAUUUCUUAGCCGUCCUCUGCAAGACAACAACGUGAAAUGACCACGUUCUACGUAUUUUGGAGAACGUGAACACCAGUGGCUAAUUUUCCGUAUCUUCCUUUGGAAUUGAACGCUGUCACUGCAUAUUUAGCCCGAGCAAAUGAGGCGCUUUGAACAGCGCACUGAACAGCGCACUCAACAGAUCUAAACAGUUGAGACAUUCGAAGGCAAAAUAUUAAUCCAUUUUUUACAAGACGUCGACCCCGGCGUCGCCGUAGUCAUGGCUAAAACUCCUUAACAAUAACCGAGAUGGCGACGGCUGGAAGACAAGGUGACCACAAAGAGAAUUCAUUAUGCAUCGUUCAUUGGAAGCAGGCAAGUUAUGGAAAAUUUAAACCAAAAGCAGCAGCUUCCAACUCUGCAGGAAAGAUUCGAGUUCACGGUCAGUCAAGAAACUACCGUCAAAGUUCAUCAGGCACUUUGCGAACUAAUAAGUUCAUUAGCGAACUACUUCAGGAUGCCUCAUCAAGAAGCAUUAGAAUCACAGGCUGCAAGACUCAUUCAGGAAGACGAAGAUAGUUGGAGAACUUUAAACUUGGAAAAUCCAGGAAAAGAAGAGUACAAGGCAAUCAAGAAAAUUCUCAAAACGCAAACAGAAUUACUGCAGCAAGACUAUAAUCAAGGAAGAGACGCUUCAAGACAACUUCUCAUGGCCCUUUUACGUUCCCUAUGGAAAUAUUUUUUGUUUAAUUUUCAAGGGACCCCAGCACUGACACCAAGCUUCACAAGCCUUAACAGUCACAGAGAAUGGGAGAAAUUUCACCAAGCAAUUCUACGGCUGUCUACCAAUUUGCAACGAAAUAUUCUCGAAACUGCACUAAAGCAAGAUAUGAAGAUGAUAACAUAUCACCUGAAGGAGUCAACAGCUGUAUGGAAAACACAGGACUCACAAUCCACAAGACACGCUGAGGACCAAGAAUUAGAUAUAAUUGAUGCACAUCCGGUACUGUGAUGUUUUGUACAUUGGAUCUUGCUCGCAUAUUACAUCACUUUGGCAUGUUUUGAGGCUGCUUAUGUUAUUUUUCACUAAUGGUAUCAAACUGAUUGUUUGUCACUGCUUGAAAUACGUUUUCAUGUGACUAGUUCAUUUCAUAGCUUAUGUGGAAUUCCUAUCUGUGUCUGAAACAUUUCACAUACCAAAGUACCUUUUAGUAGAACUACAACUCUUUUAAGGUGCAACAACAAGUGCCCACAAAAGUGCCUCAAGCCCUUUAAACAAACACUAUCCCAGUGCUUAUUGGUCCCCCGCUGAUAUUGUGUCCAUACAGAAAAUCGUUUUUACUGUAUUUCCAGAAGGGGAUGUAGCACAAAUCCAGAGGAUUAAUAUUUAAUUGUUAUAUUUAAUUGUAUAUUAUAUGUAAAUGUGUAUGGAAAGGUAAUGCAAAUUAACGUUUUCUUAACUGAGAUGAUGUAACACAACCUUUUUUAUUUUGUAGCUUUUAAGUUACAACUUGGAGGCCAAAAAGAUUAAAUUUAGGGCACAUUUGACUAUCUUUCCCGUUCUCAUGAUAACUUUGAUAUCAUCCAGAUCUGAUGCUCUUCAAUGACAAAUGCUUUGUAGUUUUUCCCUACACAUUCUUUCCCAGCACCAUUGAUGUAUCUCUGAUAGAAUGCAAAGGAGAGGAAGGCCUAAAGUACUGAUAACCACUUUAAGCUGCAAGUGAUGUGUAAGAAAGGUAAAUUUUUCACUAGCCAGAACGUCAAAAGAGCUUUAGUCGUUUAUAUUCAAAUUAUGAAGGUAAACAUAUUUUUUUAAAUUCUUUGGUAAACUCAAGUUUUAAAGAUAUAAACAGCCUUCAAAUGUACACUAAUUGUUGACUGAAUAAUUGAUGUAAUGGUUUUUCUUAACCCUGCAUCUGUUUGACUCAUUUACAAUAUAGAUUUAUAACAAGAGAGAAAUGUAUGUUUAGUUUUUCAUUAAUAAAAACAUUAAAUUGCUUUGACUCCAAA